CAGGCCUUGCAGCGCACUAAGAAUCAGCCCUAUUGCACCUUUUUUGUUAUUUCAUUUUGGUGCUAUCCCUCCUAUUUUUCUUUAUUUUCUUUUUUUUCCUUCUAUUUGCCUUGUCCUCACACCUCAUUCAAAUCCCCCAUUCCUCUGCGCGCGCUCUCUCUAUCUUCAUUCAUUCAUUCAUUCUUGGCAUCAUCCUUCUCUUCUCUCCGUCAUCGGCACUCGCUCCUCUCCCUUUGUCACAGACCACGUUCUUUCUCUCUUUAAAAACAGCUUUUCAGCUCCUGUUCCUGGCUCAGCUUAUCUUCCUCUCGACUCUUCUCACACUUCAAGGAACACUCUACAUCCUCUGCCAACACACUAUCCUCACCUCGUUCUCUUCUCUCUUCAUCUUUUUCGCUCUUCACUCUUUCACAAUGUACUCGUCGCUAUUGGAGGCUAAGGUCGUUAUCCUCGGUAGCCAAGGUGUCGGAAAGACGUCGCUCGUUGUCCGAUAUGUCCAGAAAACGUUCUCUCUCAACUGUACAUCGACCAUCGGGGCAUCCUUCAUGACAAAGAAACUAGUUGUGGACAAUUGUAAAGUACGACUCCAAAUCUGGGACACGGCUGGUCAGGAACGCUUCAGAUCAAUGGCACCAAUGUACUACCGUGGGGCCAAUGCUGCUAUUUUAGUAUAUGACAUUACAUCGGAGGAAUCUUUCCGGGAUAUGAACUCGUGGGUGGAGGAGUUGCGCAAGAAUAUGACCGAAGACUUGAUCAUUCACGUAGUUGGAAAUAAGCUGGACUUGGCUCCGACAAAGAGAGCCAUUCCCCUGUCGCGCACGGAAGAAUAUGUAGCAAAGACAUUGGGUGAGGAUUUCUCAGUGCACGAAGUAUCGGCCAAGGACGACGACGGCAUUGAGGACUUGUUCCUGCAGAUUACACGAAAGCUGGUGGAGAAGAAACAGGAAAUUGAGCGGAUCAAGAGAAUCAAUGCAGAGAAUGCGAUUACGCUGCAGCAGCUGGAGGACGAGCGACUCCAGCAGGCACAGACGGCGAGUAACAGUAGCGUCUGCUGUGGGAUAUAAAGAGAACAAACGACCGAGAGGGGAUUCGCCUUUUCAAUCCACAAAAAAAAAAAGAAAGAACGCACCAAACAUGACUUUGAAGUGUGUUUUUUUGUUUUGUUUUUUUGUUUUUUGUUUUUUUCGUCGUUGUGAUUCCAUUCGGGGAAUCCGACAAAAUAAAAUGAACCACCCAUAUACUAUAUUGAUAUCAAGAGGUGGAUGUCGUGUCAUCG